CCUGCCUUGACUGGGUGGCACGGCUUUUCCCUACUCCUCCCGCCCUGCCACCCCCUUGUUCAAAGGGUCCCCCACCCAUCUGCCCUCAUUGCAAACAAGAGCCUCUCUUUCACAGGUGAACAUCGCUCCUUUCCGCCCCUCCUUCCCUUCUUCCCCCACGCUUUCUGCUUUAAACUUGGGGUUUCUCUGCAAAAGAAAAAACAAACAAACAGCAACCUAGCCUUUCCCUCCUUCCUGGUCCUUCCCUUUGCUCCAGCUGAAGUGGGUCCAGGAGGGCAGCAAGCCAUGGGGACCUCAGAGGAAGAUUAUAACUUCGUCUUUAAAGUGGUCCUGAUUGGAGAAUCGGGAGUCGGGAAGACCAACCUGCUCUCCCGGUUCACCCGCAAUGAGUUCAACCACGACAGCCGCACCACAAUUGGGGUGGAGUUCUCCACUCGUACCAUCCUGGUGGGAGAUGCCUUGGUGAAAGCGCAGAUCUGGGACACGGCUGGCCUGGAGCGCUACCGGGCCAUUACUUCAGCUUAUUACAGAGGCGCAGUGGGAGCCCUCUUGGUUUUUGACAUCACCAAGCACCAGACGUACGACGUGGUGGAGCGCUGGCUGAAGGAGCUGUAUGACCACGCAGAAGCUACCAUCAUUGUGAUGCUGGUGGGCAACAAAACAGAUCUGACCCAAGCCCGGGAGGUCCCAACAGAGGAAGCCAAGAUGUAUGCAGAAAACAACGGCCUACUCUUUAUGGAAACCUCUGCACUGGACUCCACAAAUGUUGAAUUGGCUUUUGAAACUAUCUUGAGAGACAUUUUCAACAAAGUGCAGAAACAGAAGCAGAAAAGCCCCCUGGACAACACUGUUUCGCUCUCUGCCGAACACACUGAUGCAGCCUCCACCUCUCAAGCUGUGGAAGGGAAGCGAGCUUGUUGCUUGAACCUCUGAAGUGAGGGUCGCACAUGAGGAACAUCAGCCGUGUUGAGGAAGCCAACAUUUGGUGGGUGGGAGAGGAUUCCACACUCCGGAUGAUGAUGUCCAUCUCACUGUAGCCUCUGCAGCCUGGGGGGCAGUUAUGGAAACUUUUUGGAUCAGGCUCGGCUACCUAAAUCUAGGGAGCACAAUAGUGUGUUUGGGGGUGACAAAGCAUCUUGAAUCAAGAAUUCCAUGUUUGUGGGUCAGUACUUGUACAAAAGAACUACCCACAACCCUGCAAUGUCCCAGCCUUGUCUUCCAAUACAGACACGAAUCUAUAGUGAAUGCAACAGUAGCCACAACCCUGCAAAAGUUAAUCACAACUAGCCGUCCUGUACCCUCUUGGCUGGGAGUGAAGUCCUUUGAACUCUGGUAGGGCUUCUUCAUCCAAAUAGGAUCGCAGUGCAAGUUCCAUUGCAGGUUAUUGGCUUCCCCAAAAUGAUUCUGGGAGCUGUAGUUUAUUAAGCUUGCUGACAGUUGUUAGGAGGCCCCUAUUCCCCGCACAGAGCUACAAUUCCCUUCACAAGCAACUUUGGGAAUUGUAGCUCUGGGAGGGAAAGAGGUGCAUCCUAACAAAUCUCAGCGCCUUUAACAAACCACAGCUGCCGGAAUUCUUUGGGGAGGGAAAGUCACGACCGUUCAAAGUGGCACCAUUGCACUUUAAAUGUAUGCUAACUUAACGUGUGCUAACUUAAAUCCUGCUGGCUUUCUGUGAGGCUUACCAUGUGUACGCAGGAGUAAGCCCUGUUGAAUGCAGUGGCUUUUACUUCAUGGUAACAGGGCUUCGCUGCAUGUGAUAUCUACUGCAGCUCUUGUGGGGCCAAAAAAUUUGCACCAGAAUUUACGCACAAUGCCCUGGGCAUGGUGCCAAUGUGGUUGAAUGACUAGGUAGGUAGGAAGAAGGGCAUUUUGCAGGGCAGGAAAUUUGGGUAUUAUGAAGACUCCCCUGACACUUCCUAGUCUCUCAACAAAAGUGAUUAACUGAUGGAGGUGGUAAUGGAUGAUGGCUUGAAAAGGGGGUUAUACAACUUCAUGGAGAAGAACUCUAUCAGUCAAUACAGAUUGCUGGGG